UUGCAACAUCUUAACGACGCGGUCUCGUUUAUCCACAGCACAUAAGUUGUUUAGUCAAGAACAACAACUCCGACCAUGAGGAGCAAAAUUUCGGUUCGAUACUUUUACGUUGCAGCACAAUUAGCAUCGUGUGUGGUGGCGGUGUUUGGUUUUCCAGCUGGAGCUUCCAAUUCGGAAGAUAAAGGUUGCGGGUUUGGAUAUGAGCUGCUGCUUUCUAAAUUAGAUUCGACUAAUCUUGGCUCACAAAUGCAGAUCGACGCUAUCGCCGCAAGUAUUCGAGAACUGAAAGAAAGCGUUUCUUCCAAUGUGUUGAGUUCAGUUGUUGGGCCGAAGAGUUUGAAUUUUCCAAAAACAUGUCGAAGAGAAAGUCAAGCACUUCAGGUGAUUCAACCUGAAUUAGGUUUUCAAGAGCCAUUUUUGGUAAAAUGCGACCAGAACUCUGAAGUCAACGGAUGGAUUGUAAUCCAGCAUCGAUUUGACGGAUCGGUCAAUUUUCUGCGAACAUGGAAUGAAUAUAAAUCAGGCUUCGGCCAUCUGGAUGGGGAAUUCUGGCUAGGACUUGAUAAAAUACAUCAGCUAACGUUUGGUGCGCCUCAUGAGCUCCUCGUCGUGCUAGAAGACUGGGAGGGAAAACGAGUAGAAGCACGAUACAGCGAAUUCGCUAUCGAUAGCGAGCAGAAAUUCUACGCCUUAUCAAAGCUUGGAACAUACAGCGGCACCGCGGGGGAUUCUCUGACACCACACAAAAAUGCGCGCUUUUCUACGUUCGAUCGCGAUAACGAUGAUCUCGAAAAUAGCAACUGUGCAACUGUCUACAGUGGUGCCUGGUGGUAUGUCAAAUGUCAUUCCAGCAAUCUGAAUGGAUUGUAUCUCAGAGGUAAUGGUACCGAGUAUGCUGUAAUGAUGUGCUGGUACGCCUUUCAAGGACAUUACUAUUCGCUGAAAGAGUCCAAGAUGAUGAUAAGAAGAAAAAACUAAAAAAAAUCAGAUCAAGCAUGAAAUCAUAACCGAGAUUUCUUGAACCCAUUAAAAACUCUGAAUUGAAUUCAAAUAUUUGGAAGGAUCGGCUUAAAGAGCUUUCACAUUUUUUUUUUUUUCAAAACAUACAUAUUUCUCUUUAAUUACUCUUUAAAAAUAUUUACUUUUUCAAAUACAAUCACCAAAAAAGGCCAAAUUAAUUGUUGGUAAUAUUAACACGUAAUCACGAUGUUCAAAUUUCGAAAAAAUGUAAAUAAACACCUUCAAGUGCAACUUUCAGCAAAACUUUUUUCAACUCCACCAUCUGGGACCGGAACCGGGCUUAAAUCCUUCAUGUGGAUGCUCAAUUCCGUCUGUUUCUUCGAUGUCGAUGAGCGCCGGAAGGAAGCAUGACUUUUUCAUCAAGGAUGGUGGUAGGACAUCAGGUAAGAUGACGGGAAAUCCGAACUGUCCGUCCUGUUCCACGAACAACUGCCGGAAGCGUGCUCGAAUGGGGCCCGAUGAUGCUGCGUCAUUGUGUUGGAUCUUUUCAGCGGUAGCAACGAACCGGAACUUCGUAGGAUCUCUGUUUGGAAAAUUAAUAAAUGAUUAUUCGGAUGAAAAGCUAAACUCGGUUAAAAAUGUUUUUUGAAAAAAAAACACAAUUGUUUCUUAUUUAUUCAAC